UUCGUGUCAUGUCGGGAACGAUGGGUGGUGUUUUUUUUGUUUGAGACGGGCGUACGAUUUUCAGUACGGGAUUGGCGAAGUUCUGUGGAGUUGUGGGGUUGUUUGUAUUGUUUUCUUUGCUUUUUCAUCCUUCUAUUUCCGUGUUUGUGGUUGUAGCGUGUUGCGUGUUUGAUCGUGACGCCCCUCUGAGAUUUAUUUGAUUUCGAAACAAACACACACACACACACACACAUAUAUAUAUAUUCACCUUAUUCAAGGUUGUGAAGCGUGUACUUUUAUUAGAAAAUGGUCACGUCCUCGGGUUUUGUCAGGUUCUAGAUGCGCUUGCCGAGUUAGGUUUCUCUCCAUGUUUUAUGUAAGGUGUGUUGAGUAUUUGGGAGGGCCGCGCUAGGUAGAAUUGGCUGGCUCUGCCAAGGACUGUGGAAUCACAGACUUUGGGCCGUGAGCGAUGGCUCUUCGCUUUCUUGGAGGCCCUUUCGACAGUACGACCGUGCCUGAAUUUCUUAAUGUGCUAACCCGAUCAAGGAGUUGCGACGUGGUCACAUCGUCUUGCUUAGUCUUGAUGAAAAAUUGUGUGCGUUGGGCGUAGCGUUCACGCCGAAGCAUUCUAUCCAAUUUCACUUCAUCUAGACGCUGGAACUUAUACAGAAUGAUAUUCAGGACAUGACAAACGCUUAUCAACAUAGUUGCAUUGCAUUGUCACAAGUGCGUGCUCUACAACUGGAUAUCAUGCUUGGAGGGUGCAGGAUAUUAUUUUGCGACGACUUGCCAGGAAUUUUAGCACCUCUAACAUCUACGCACGCAACACCUAUUCCAACAUAGUAACGUAAAGUUAGGCACAACGGCGGCGAUACCUGUCCCAAGUCGUAGGGAGGAGGAAGUCCAUCAUAUUGAGAGAGGAAAGAAAAGAGUGUGUACCCAGGCAGCCAAAACGGGGUCCCUUUGCUGUGUGGCCGCAAGGCCACAUGGACCGUCCGAGAAUGCUCACAAUUGGCCGAAUGUGGGGGACAAGCCUCGUUGGCAUACCAAUGAGGGAUUUGCAGCGCCGCACGCCAGCUCGCAUUUGGGUCAUUCUCAAAGUGAUGACUACCUGGGUACUUCGUCCCGAACGGUUCCCACUCCCAGGAGAUCUUUGUCUUCAAAUAGUCGCGGAAGUAGAAGCUGGAGAAGGGUAGACGGUGGUAGGCAUUACAACCAUUUCCGCACUCCAUCUGGGAGUCUAUAUGGAGGCAGUCCCAACAAUUUUAUAUGGAAUCCUCUUGCUUCAUCCAGUCAUCGUACUGCUGGUUCAAUGACAACCGAAUCAGAAAUAGCAGCUAGCCCGUCAACUUCGAUACCCUCUUCCAAAGCGGAGCAAUUCUUUACCCGCCCACGUGCAUUUUCAAACAAGUUGGAGAGUACUUCGUUGCCAUGUGACAAUGCCCCAAAACCCCUCUCCACUCAUCCGGAUUCAAAAUUUUCAUCCUCUUCCCACGUGGACGACUCUUUUUUGUCCAAGCCCUCAUUCCUGGUGCCUGAAAAUCCUGCACGAAGAGAGCAUUAUGAAGGACGUUUUCUCCCGGCAGGUCCAAGUCGAGUGCCAUCCUUAGAUGGUCGGUUCUCCUUUAACCGAUCAAGCUCUAGUAGGAGUUCUAGUCCGGGGGGGAGCUCCUCUGACUGGUCAACAUUCCAUGGGUUCAUGGAAGUGGGUCCUGACGCGCGGCAGGAAUGGUUAAGGAUGGCAAAUGUCACAAGCCAAAAUGAUUGCGGCUGGAAUCUUAGUCGAGAGAGUUAUGACAGAAGUUUUGGUCAUGUGUACAUGGAGAAAAUCACCGCUGGUGGUUCCCAGUUAGCCUUGCCCAGUCCGCGUUCAGAGAUUUGUGGAGUGUGUUCGCGCACACUUGCUCAACGGUCUCCUUGGGCCUCUUCGCGCGUCAUGGGCUUUCACGAAUGUAACGUUAUUGGGGUACUGGUUUGUGGCCACACCUACCAUACUGAAUGCCUCGAGCAAAUUACUCCUGAAAGUGCUCGUCAAGACCCAGCUUGCCCACGCUGCAACUCUGACAAGGGUAUGCCUAAGAAUUCAAUGAUAUCUAUGUCUACGCAACUCAAACCUAGAUCAGUUCGAGGAAAUAGCUUCAUGAGCAGGCCAAGUCCGAGGAACAAAUUGUCCAGGGUUGGAGUGAUGGAUGACAAUAUUGGUUCCGAAAAGCCAAAGUUUUUGAUAAGCUCUUCAGAGGAACCUUCUCCCUGAUCAGUUAGUUCCUUGACAAUGGUUGUGAAGGAUCUCAAAGCUGCGAUAGACGGGUGACUUGAACCUGGUUCCAUCCUCAACAGGUAGUUGCAGAACUCUCACACUUUGGAGUCAUGGAAUUUAUCGCAUUCGUAGUAUUGAAGAGUGCUUCAGGUCUAUCCGCUAAAAGUGUCUGAUGCUAAAUAUGCUCUGAUUACCCGCACGCUCGUCAUGAUACCCAGCUCACAGGCUGCUUCCGUCCUCCAUUUAUUCCGGUUUGCUAUUUGUCAGGUUUGCAUGCAUGUGAUUGCGCCUUAGGUGUGCAUGCAACACAUUGUACGAGAGACUCUGGUCGAUGGAAAAGUUACUGCGAAGUGAUGUUAUUGAAGGGCUGUUCUAAAAUGCCCAUCAGAAGUGUGUAGGUUAUGCCUUUCAUUUGUGAAGUUUCGCCGUCUCUGAUCAAUUCGAAGUCACGUUUUCUCGUUGCUCUCUGAACGUGAUUCUGAGGCAUCAGCAGAAGCGUUGGCUUAGUGUUGGGAAGUGCUGGCCCUCAGUUUAGGCUCGAUAGCACCAGUAUUAGAGCAGGCAACAUCCAUUGGGUGCUUGUCACCUGGUGGAAGCCUUUCUUGAUCGUGGAGGGUAAGUGACGGAAUAGAAACUCACAAUUGAGAGCUCCGACAUCCCUCUUUUAAGACUGAAUAACUCUCCUAGAAGAAGUGGAGGCGCGUGGGUCGGAACUACUUUGUUUUACUUUGUACCAUACUGUUCAUAUUCUAUGUAAAUACUAUGGCCUGAUGGCAAGUAUAGGUACUCGUCUGCCUUCGUAGUCUUUGCUCUUUAAGUCUGAAUUAUGGUAAUUCUUGGUGUGCCUUGAAUAUACCCUUUUUGGAGUUCUCGAGUGUUCAAUUAUGUUGGGAUCAUCAUUUCGCAGAGCAGAAAUCCGGAAAUUGAGUGAUCCCUCUUGAAUAAAGCUCUAGCGGUUACCUCUA